UUCUGUUUUGGCGUCGAUUAAACAUUAAACAUGGCGGACUUUGGGGACUGGAUCUAGCAAAGUUUUUAGAAGAACCACAUUAGAGCGUGCACAUUUCUGCCAGUGUUCACUGCCUCCGAAAGUGGAUGAUUCAGCAGGAGAAGCCUCAGCUGCCUGCCACCAUGCCGGUGGUGUGGCCUACGCUUCUCGACCUCAGCCGAGAUGAUUGUAAACGAAUCCUGCGCAAGCUCGAGCUGGAGGCAUAUGCCGGCGUGAUCAGUGCACUUCGUGCCCAGGGUGAUCUCACCAAAGACAAGAAAGACCUACUCGGGGAACUUACUAAAGUAUUGAGCAUCUCAACCGAGCGGCAUCGUGCAGAGGUGCGGCGUGCAGUGAACGAUGAGCGUCUCACUACCAUCGCAUACCACAUGUCUGGGCCAAACAGCUCCUCGGAGUGGUCUAUUGAAGGACGAAGGCUGGUCCCCCUGAUGCCCAGGCUGGUGCCUCAAACAGCUUUUACAGUCACAGCCAAUGCAGUAGCUAGUGCCACGGCACAUCAGAACUCUUCCCUACUUCUUCCUGCAGAGACCGGCAACAAAGAAGUGGUGGUAUGUUACUCGUAUACCAGCACUACAGCGACGCCCUCUAGUGUAUCUGCCCCCAGUGCCAGUGUAGCAGCAGCAGCCGUCAAGUCGCCUCGGCCUACGAGUCCUGCCUCCAAUGUGGUAGUGCUGCCCAGCGGGAGCACUGUGUAUGUGAAGAGUGUAAGUUGCUCUGACGAGGAUGAAAAGCCUCGCAAACGUCGGCGCACAAACUCCUCAGGCUCUUCACCCGUCCUGUUAAAGGAGGUGCCUAAGGUGACCCCGCCCACCACAAAGAGCAUCACGGUGCCGGUGAGCGGCAGCCCGAAGAUGAGCAACCUGAUGCAGAGCAUCACAAACUCGCUACCACCCCACAUGUCCCCAGUGAAAAUCACCUUCACCAAGCCAAGCACACAGGCCACUAACACCACCACCCAGAAGGUCAUCAUUGUUACAACCUCUGCAGGCUCCAGCUUUGUUCCCAACAUCCUCUCCAAGUCUCAUAACUAUGCAGCAGUGUCGAAGCUGGUGUCUAGCUCUGCAGGCACAUCAUCUGUUCAGAAGCAGACCAUGGUGAUUUCAGCCGGCACCACCACUGCCCCCGGCCCUGUUGCUGUGACAACUGUGGUGUCCUCCACUCCUACGAUGGUCAUGUCCACUGUGGCUCAAACUGGCUCCACAGCAGCAGUGAAGGUGGCCACAGCGAGAAUGCCCUCCCCCAAAGCUCUGGUGGCUUCUCCCUCUCAGCUCCUCCAGUUCCCCAAGCAGCAACAGCAGCAGCCGCAGCAGACAGUUCCACCCAAAGGCUUGUCUGCGUCUCCGCUCUCGUCCUCCACUCAAACCACCAGCACAGUGUCGGCACCCAAACCCACCAUACAGAUCAAACAGGAGUCAGGUGUGAAGAUCAUCACCCAGCAGAUGCAGCCGAGUAAGAUUCUGCCGAAGCCCUCGAGCGCAGCCAUGCCGAGUAGCAGCUCCGGACCCAUCAUGGUGGUGAGCAGCAACGGAGCCAUCAUGACCACAAAGCUGGUCUCCACCCCGACAGGGACCCAGGCUACAUACACCCGGCCCUCAGUCACACCAUCCAUCGGCGCUCGAAUGGCCACGUCACCUGCUGGGACCACAUACGUCAAAACCACCAGCGGCAGCAUUAUUACAGUCGUUCCCAAGUCUCUCGCUACGCUGGGCGGAAAGAUCAUCAGCACCAACAUGGUUUCCGGCACCACUACGAAGAUCACCACCAUUCCCAUGACCUCCAAACCCAAUGUCAUCGUGGUGCAGAAAACCACUGGGAAAGGAACCACCAUUCAGGGCUUACCUGGCAAGAAUGUGGUCACCACACUGCUAAAUGCUGGAGGAGAGAAAGCUUUGCAGGCUGUCCCGGGAGCAAAGCCUGCAAUCAUCACUGCGUCUCGGCCCAUCACGAAGAUGAUCGUAACGCAGCCGAAAAGUCUGGGCUCUGCCGUGCAGCCGUCUACCACCACCAAGCUCAUCCCAACCAAGAUAGUCUACGGUCAGCAGGGCAAGACCCAGGUCCUGAUAAAGCCCAAGCCAAUGGCGUUCCAGGCGACUGUAGUGAGCGAGCAGGCAAGACAGCUGGUGAGCGAGACGCUGCAGCAGGUGACGCGCGGUCCCGAAGCAGCUGUAAUCCCAGGCUCCAGCCAGGAGGGGGCGCCCAAGGAUGACUCUCCAACCUACAUGGAGAGCAGCCCCACAUCUUCAGACAAUACUCAUGACACCCAGUCCGUCGUGCACGUCAUCAGCUCCAGGGCUCAGGAAUGGACAGAACAAGAAGUCUCAGUGGAAGCGAGUCCCACCAUCAUUUACCAGGACAUAAGUGGAGAGGCCCAGUCUGCCACGUCUACCAUUAAAGCCCUGCUAGAGCUACAGCAGACCACAGCAAAGGAAAAGGCAGAGGCCAAGCCACGGCAGCACACCAUCGAUCUGAGUCAGAUGGCAGUGCCCAUACAGAUGCCCACGGAGAGGAGACAGUCUCCUGAACCCUCGGGCCAGGCUGCAGGGGAGCCUGAGAUCCCAGCAGAGGCCACAGGUAAAUCAGGAAAGGUUGCAGCAGGAGGUGAAGUGACUACAUCCUGCAGUCAGUCACCAUCUCUCUCUUCCACUGUGAAAAGCUCCAACACUCCCGCUUCUACCAGCAGCAGCAGCUCAAUUACUGCCCAGGCAGGAGCUCUCAAGCCGCUGGAGGAGCAGGCCAUAGUGGAGGAGGGAGAACUGGAAGGGGAUACGUUGGACCCUCAAACAGGACUGUUCUACAGAUCAGUAAAUCCAUCAACCCCACCUCCUCCUCCCCCUCCUCCUCCCCCUCUACAGCAGCACCGCACCCCCACACACCCCCUUAGCAAGCCAGUAGUGCUCUCUAUAUCCACGCCCACCAAGUCGACGCUCAGCCAGACCGAGGUCUCCAAAAUCAGCCCCAGUCCUAGGCCUCCGGUUCCAGCCGUGACUGCACGUGCAGAUAAACCCCCUGUCUCUCCUGCCUCCUCUCUUUCCGCUCCCUCUGCAUCUGGAAUCCAGCACACUCCUCCCAAACCGGUCCACACGCCGCAGCUGCCCCGAUUACAGCAGGCACCAAGUUCACACCAUCGACCCAACACACACACACAGCUCUCCCAGCCCCCACCCCUGCAGGCGCACCAUCCCAUUGCCUCAGAUAAAACAGCCAGCAGCAGCAGCAGCCAGGUGCAGCAGCCAAUCAUAACACAAGGAGCAGCAGUCACUAAAAUCACAUUUGGGGCUCCUCCCGUGUCCAGCAGCAGCGGUGAGGCUGCAGUCAAGCUGCAGGCCGAGUCCAGCUCGGAGAAACCCGGCGUCUCGGACAUCCUGAAGAUUUCUAUGAUGGAGGCAGAGAUCGAGCCAGGCACCGAGGCAGUGGUGGUGGACUCAUCCAGCGACUGUGGUGCUUUCAGCAAAGCCGCCUCCACGUCUCCACACAUCAGCAGCUCCAAACAUACACACACCACCUUCGGACGCAUCCAGAAGAACAAAGACCUGGACGUUAUUCAGGUGAUCCCGCAGUACUCCAUCAUGCCUGAUUCGAGCCAGUCAAAUGUUGUGGUUGAGCCAAGCGGCUUCCUGGAGAUCACCGACUACACCAGCCAGCGCCUAGACGACGAGGCCACACUGGACCAGGAAGUGGACAGCAGUAAUGAUGAGGGUGCAGCGCCCAGUCCCAUGGAGACCUGCGCUGACCAAUCACAAUGAGCAAAAGACUUUACUUGUUAUCUUCUUAAACACUCCAGCGUUCACACAGUUACGAACUCCGCUGAAGUAAGGAGUAAGAGAGAAUCUGGCUUGACCGGUGGCAUUCUAAGGCAUUUCCUGAAGAGAAUUUUAUAAAGAACACUUCCUAACGAGAACCCUUCAGUAUCCUAUGGUUGGACAACAAAUAGUUAUUGUUCAGAACUAUUUCUUCUCAAUCCUUGUUUUUUUUUUUUCUUCCAUUACAGGACAGUAUUUUACCCUGAACUGAGAUUUCCUUUUAAUACAUUUCAAAAGCAGAGCUUCAGAAUAGUUUGGUUUUGUUUACUAAAAAAACAUGUAUUAUGAUUAACAUGAUCUGCAAGUCAGACAGGAAGGACGAUUGUUUAUUGGCUCACCUUAACUUGUCAUUCAUUUUGUGUAUGUGUGCUGGAUAUGAUACUGUAGAUUGAGCUCUCGCUUUAGAAAUGAUUAUGUGAAAUUGUUAAGACUAGAUUCUUGAAUCGUUUCCUUGCCGUAUUUGUCUGGAGGGAGUGUGUGCACUGUACCGCUUAGUGUAAAUAUUGUCACGAUACUUAACGUGGGUAGUCAUAGAAGAUUCUUAUUGUCAAGAUGCACUUGUAAACUGACAUUUUUCUCUAGGUUCCGAAAGCGAAAACAUCUGGAAUUCACUCAGUCAUGCUUUGUUGUCUUCAAAUGUACAAUUUAUAAUUUGAAUAGAGUAAACUUUAAUUAAGGAUUCUUGCCAAAACCUUA